AUGACGGUAGGUGACUCAAGCAACUUGUACUGUAUGAUGAAUUUAGACGUAAUUCGAGGAUCAGUUUCUGCUAGUGGUUCUCAGUUAUGUACCUGCAGAUUUAAUGUUGUUAUGACACCUAAAGAAUGACUCAGAGGACCACUGUUCAGUGGUCAACCUCAAUCUCAGAUGCCGUUUUGUGUGUGUCUGGACUGUUUGCCAUUCAUAGAUUACAUAGUUUUUCCGAUAAUUGGUUCUUCCACCUUGUAGCUACUUCUGCACAGUUGGAGGACACUCCACUGUGUGGAAUCCUGGGCUUCCUAACCAUAGUUAUAGCCUCUUGUUUAGGCAUUCUCCGAUUUGGUGUGCCAAACUGCCCAACUGGUCUAGUCAAUCUUCAUAAAAAAGCAUCAUGGUUUGCAGGGAUAGGUGGCAUGUCUCUAUUAGCGGCACAACUAAACUUUCUGUAUCAGCAUAUUAAUGCAGCUUACCUCCACCUGCUUGAUGUUGUGGUGGUUCUCCUUGCUUCUAUUGUUCUUCCAUCAAAACUAAGCUCCACACUCCAGCAGCUUCAAGAAGUAGGAGCUGUCCUUUCCCUCUGGAUUCUCAGUGUUACCCAGGAGAACUGGGUUGGAAUGCUUGGAACAGAAGUUUUAAUUGUAGCUGUUAUUAUUAUAGGAACUGAAGGAAGGUGUCUCGGAAUGCCCUCUGUUGAUGCUUUUCACUACACACUAGCUUGUUCCUUGUAUCUUUUGUCACGAGCACUUGCUGAGGGUUAGUUAACUGGUUGUGUUUCAUAAAAAUCUGAGCUGUUCAAAUGACAUUUUUACUCUUCACUUCAGUGGCAUCUUAGUGUAGAAAAUAAAUGUAAUAAUAGUUAUUUGCUUUCAGCAUGUUUAUCAAAAAGUUUCCUUGUGUAUUAAUAUACGAUGUAACAUUUCAUGCAUGUUACAUGUACAUCUCUUAAAAGCCUGGAUACUGUAUGCUAUCAGCUUAUUAAACAAAGCAAUUUACAAUUAUACUAUAAAUGUUUUUUUUUGUUUUUGCAACUCCCUCUUUCCUAUUACAAACAAGGCAGGAUUAUUUUAAAGGCUGUCAUGUAAAAUAUUUGGCAUUAUUAUAAAGAAUCCCUGUGAUUCACAUCA